AUGGGCGGCUAUCUCUCUACAUUCCAGAGACUACUUUUCGCCAAAAAAGAAAUCCGCAUCCUCAUCCUCGGCCUCGACAACGCCGGCAAAACCACCCUCCUCUACCGCCUCAAAAUCGGCGAAGUCGUCACCACAAUCCCCACCAUCGGCUUCAACGUCGAGUCCGUAACCUACAAGAACCUCAACUUCUCCGUCUGGGACCUCGGCGGCCAAACAAGCAUAAGACCGUACUGGCGAUGUUACUAUGCCAAUACGGCGGCCGUGGUGUUUGUGAUUGAUAGUACGGAUGUGGAGAGACUGGAGACGGCGGCGGAGGAGCUGCAGGGGAUGUUGGCCGAGGAGGAGUUGAGGGAUGCGGCGUUGUUGGUUUUUGCCAAUAAGCAGGAUCAGCCUGGUGCGAAAGGGGCGGGGGAGAUUAGUGAGGCGUUGAAGUUGGGUGGGUUGAAGGAUCGGAAUUGGAGUAUUAUGGCUUGUUCGGCGAUAGAUGGGAGGGGUGUCAAUGAAGGGAUGGAUUGCAAACUGUGGGAGAGAGCUCGUAGAGCCAUUCCGGAGGAUGUUCCUGCUUUGUUGAUUCAUGCAAGGCGCUCGGUGUUGGGAUGA